UUGGUUCGCUUGACAGCCUCUCGUUGUGAAGGAGUUGUGUUUUGUGAGCACCUGCAUUUUCACGGGAUUUCCGGGUGCUGCAGGUGGAUCAGCUGGUGAGGAAGUAGCGCAGUGUGUCCCCCAAGCGAUGUAGCAUCUGACCCGUGUGGAGUUUGCUGUGACACGAGGAUGGAUUUGGAGAAUAACAACAAAAUUCACGGGCUCUCCACUGCUGAGGCGCUAACGCGCCUUCGCGAGGAGAUCGAGGGCAUCCUGACAGUGUACGAGGGCAGAUUCAGCAGGGAGAGAUGGACUGAGAAAUUGCGUGCCACAUUUAAUGCAGGAACUCCGCUGCAUUCUUUUGCCAUUUUCACUUCCUUUUUCGCCAUCAUCCUGCUCCUGAUUGCGGGACAUUUUCUAGCUGCUGGCCUCGUGCUGGCGCUCCUGUUCGUCAAUAUUUGGCUCGUGAUCCGCGAGAACAAUCUCAAGCGAUCGGAGAUGUUCAGGAAAGUCGCCGAUGUCGCUGAUGUCAUUCGCCUGGCCACUUCCAGCUGCCACAAGUGGACUCCGACCAACUAUCCGCAUCUCUGCUCACCGCUCUCGCCCUGCGUCACUCUGCAAACAACCAUUCGCGAUGGCAAAGUCGUGAACCUGCCGUGGGCGCUUCUCGUCCGCGGCGAUCACAUCGUCAUCCGCCCCGGUCAGAUUGCGCCGGGAAAAUGCCGGCAAGCGAAUGGGGAGCGCAUAUUCGUGUCCGGCGAGACGUACACGCAGACUGAGGGCACGGAGCCGCCCGUGGUGCCAACGCAAAGGUCUCCACUGCCCGAUCUCACGUGCAUCCUCGAGGUGACACCUUUCCUGGACAACCUCAGGACCACGCUGAACAAGUUCCUGUGCCGCCCAGAGACCAUCUUCAACCAGCAAAGGCACUUGCUUGUGACUGUGUUCAUCCAAUUGUGGGGCUUCCUGAUUGUUCUUCUGGUCACGUGGCUAUUUGCUGUGCUUAACUACAAUGGGCAUCUCUUCUCGCCGCCUGGACUCACGUGGAUCGGCGCGUUCAUUGAGAACGCUGUGUGCGCUGUGAUGCCGACCUUGCCUCUCACUUUCCCAGCGAUGUGGCUCCUGCUCAAUCUCUGGGGUGUGGCGAAGCUGGAGACUCUUCUGUCCAUCCCGCGUCCCUUUCAGGAGAAGUCCAGUCCCAGUGAAUUUCACGCUGAUCUGGACAAUUCACCGGUGGUGGACUGGGCGAAUUUGACGCUGCCGUGGCGCACGAAGGUGGGCAAUUGGAUCAACUUGAUUCAGGGCGAUGCAUCGAUUCUCGGCCGGAGUUCGAAUGUUGUGCAAGUUCUGGGAACGAUGACAGCGCUGUGCUGUGUGGAUAAGAAGGGGAUCCUGUCGUGGCCAAAUCCCACCGCUGAGAAGGUGUUCUUUUUGCGUGAUCCGAGGGAGAAGCAGAGUGCUCACUCGAGCUCUACUAGCUUUGAGUCGCAGCAGAAUGGACAGCAGCCGCAGAAGGAGAAGAGUGUGGCUGAAGUUCUGGAUCUUACACAUGAUCAGCACAGUCCGUUCAAGCUUGAGUUUGAUAGUCAAGAAUGGAGAAAUCAUUUGGAUUCACUGAAGCCUUUGGGACUCGCUAUUCUUGUGAACACUUGCUGCCCACUGACUCAGGCUUACUAUUCCCAAUUCUGUGGCCAUGUUACGGCUGUGGCGCUCUUUGACAAAGAUUUGGUGCCAGUCACCAAUCGGUAUGAGAUUGUUGAGUCGAGUUUGAAUAGUUUUAUGCAUGGCCGCUGCCUAUGUGGAUUGUCAACAAAGAUUGGCUUCAAGAAGAGAGCGAGAGACGUUUUCACGCUACAAGGGAAGAUUGCAAGUUAUCGACAUUUGGAGCCUGAUGUCGUUCGUCGGGACACCAGAUUCACGCGUUCAUUGGAGUUGGCGUCGAAGGUGAAAGUGCCCUUCCCACAUUCGUUGUCCGUGGUUUUACGCCAACAUCGUGAUCAGUCGUUGCAACUGAUGACUCAGGGAACGGCGGACAUCAUUCUUGAUUGCUGCGACGAUUACUGGGAUGGGAAGGAUUUGCGCCCGCUGGGCGAGGUGGAGAGGAAGCGAGCACAGGAUUUUUACCAGAGAAAUGCCCUAACUGCCUAUUGUACGGCAUUUUCCUAUCGGCCAUUGCGGAGAGGAAUUUCUGGGCCUCUUUCUGGAACAUCUUCCAAAGUGGCGUACAUGGAAUUGCCUCCGGAGUCCAUCUACAAGAUGUCACAUAUUGAUCCGUCUAAGUGUGAGCACAUAGACACGGCGGAGGAGCGAAUGAAGGGCACUCCGAAUCUGGACAAUGUGAAUUACACUGAUCCCAAGGCGGCGAAUGUGAAUGAUGUUGAGGGAUGUUUCGAGAUGAAGUGCCAUCAGAUCUUCAUAGGGAUGGUGACGAUGCAAUAUCAGGCGCAGACUGAUAUUGUGCAUUUGAUUGAGCGUCUGGACAGAGCUUGCAUUCGGUUUGUUCACUUCUCCAAGGAGAAUGAAUUGCGUUCUCGUGUUUUCUCGGAGAAAAUGGGCCUCGAAUCGGGGUGGAAUUGUCAUAUUUCACUCUUGAGUGGUGUUCAGGAGGACAUGGAAACUGAAGGGAAGGAGGAGUUGGAGAAUGAGAAGAGUCAUUUGUUGGGUAAACAAACGACGAGCCCAUCAGUUCGUGGGUCUGCCAUGAGCCUCUCGAAGAUGGACAGUGAAGGCCGAGAGGAGUCCAUCAAGAUGGAGAUCAUGGAUGAGACUGGCAGACAUUUGUCCACUGACACCACUCUCGCUUGUGAUAAUCAAGCGAAUGCCGGAACACAAUCUUUGAGCUGCCUCACGGAUUCCACAGAGCAGAGUGGACCUGUCCUCUGGAACGCGAACAAGGCAAAGCUUCCUCGAGGAAUUGAGAACAUUCGACCCCAUCUGGAGAAGGUGGACAAUGUGCCACUUCUUGUGUCUCUCUUCACGGAUUGUUCAGCUGAUGCCACGCGCGAGAUGUUGAGCAUUAUGCAGUCGUACGGUGAAAUUGUCGUGUGCCUGGGAUCCUCGGCCAAUGCCACGAAUGCAGAGAUCUUCCUCCAGGCGGACUGCAGCAUUGGCGUGGAGCCCUUCUAUCCACAAGUGUGUCAGGAUUUUCCCGCGUAUGUGGAGACAAAUCUCACGAGCCAAACCACCGGCACUUAUCGUAGUCGCUUGGCCAAAUGGCUGCCGCCAAAGCAGUACAAUCGUAGCGCCGUGAUUUCUCCCGUGUACCUGAGUCGGCUGCUCAACUCCCUGCCCUGCUCCAUUGCCAUCUCGCGCGAGGACCCGCUGUCCAUUGUGGCGCUGAUCGAAUUAUCACGCCGCGUGACUGUGGGGGUCUGGAAUUGUCUUCAAUUCCUUAUGUGCUGUCUCUGUUCCUUGGCAGUAGUGAACACAUUGAGUGCUUUCGCGGGCAUCGCGCCCAUCUUCCCACCGCUCACGCUCGUCUACCUCAUGGUGGUGACCACACCACUCAUAUCGCUGACGCUCACGCGAACGCCCGCCGAUUCGGACACCAUGCACAGGGCAACGUGGCGCAAAUCAAAGGUGGACAGGAACCUGUGCCUGUUCGUGCUCUGGUGUUACGCCUGUAAAUUCAUCCCAUCAAUUGUCAUCACGUUCACCUUUUCGUGCAUCUUCCUGGGCCAUCCUGUCGAUCUUCUCACGGAUGGUGAGAGCUCGAGCGAUGAUCUCAAGUUGGUGAAGUAUUUCACCCUCUACGGAAUCAUUGUUCAUUUGGUUGUCAUCUCCGCGAGCUUCGUCCAUCGUAGUCACUUGUUGUGGCAGCGCAAUCCCUUCUCCAACUCCAUGUGGGUCAUUUGCACGACGAUGAUGCUCACGUUUCACACCGUCCUUCUGCUCGUCCAGGUGCUCAUCGAUGAACGCUUUGGGCCUAUUCUGGCGACCAAAUGGCCCAGCGUCGCCUUCCUGCUGGCCUCCACAUUUAUUGUGCUCGCCAUUGUGGAGCUCAUCAAGCGCGAGGAGAUCAAAGCCAACAAUCGAUAUCAGAGGAGAGCAAGAUUGGACUUUGGGACAAAGUUGGGGAUGAAUUCACCCUUUUAGGCGGCCCUCCUGCAAUUGGGGAGAGAGAGAGAGAAAAAGUGUGGCUGUCUUUUAUGUUUUCUCGGAUAUUUUUAAGUGUCUUUUUUAGAAGAGUUUUCUACAAAAAAACAAUGUGAGUAUAGAGAAAAAGAUUGUAUAUCUCUUUAGGAUCUCUUUGCCAUGAAAUAAAGGGCGUGUGUGUGAAU